CUCGGCGCCGGGGGACAGGGGGAUGGCGGAGCGCUGGCUGAGCGGCGGCCCUGGCGUGUAGAGCGGCCGAGCUGCCCGCCCUCCGCUGCUCCAUUGAUGUGAAGGUGUCAGCUCGCCUGUUUCCUUGCCUGUCUUUGCAAGGGGGGUAGGAUCAACCCUCCCGUUCAGCCAGGAUUCUAUACCUCAGCCGGACCUCGUUAAUACAUCAUUCUUUUCCUUUGUGGUGUUGUUAAACCCCCCCACCCCCUCCCCAGGACCAUGGCCGACGACGACGUGCUGUUUGAGGAUGUGUAUGAGCUGUGCGAGGUGAUUGGCAAGGGUCCAUUCAGUUUUGUACGAAGAUGCAUCAACAGAGAAACUGGACAGCAGUUUGCAGUAAAAAUUGUCGAUGUUGCAAAGUUUACAUCAAGCCCAGGUUUAAGCACAGAAGAUCUAAAAAGAGAAGCAAGUAUAUGCCACAUGCUGAAGCAUCCACAUAUUGUCGAGCUCCUUGAGACGUACAGUUCAGAUGGAAUGCUCUAUAUGGUAUUUGAAUUUAUGGAUGGAGCUGAUUUAUGCUUUGAAAUUGUAAAGAGGGCGGAUGCUGGAUUUGUAUACAGCGAAGCUGUUGCCAGCCAUUACAUGAGGCAAAUUCUGGAAGCGUUAAGGUACUGUCAUGACAACAACAUCAUUCACAGAGAUGUAAAGCCACACUGUGUGCUGCUUGCCUCAAAAGAAAACUCUGCACCUGUCAAACUGGGAGGUUUUGGUGUGGCAAUACAGUUAGGGGAGUCUGGUUUAGUAGCUGGAGGUCGUGUAGGAACACCACAUUUUAUGGCACCAGAAGUAGUAAAAAGAGAGCCUUAUGGAAAACCUGUAGAUGUCUGGGGAUGCGGAGUGAUUCUUUUUAUUCUACUUAGUGGCUGUUUGCCUUUUUAUGGCACAAAGGAAAGGUUGUUUGAAGGCAUUAUCAAAGGGAAGUAUAAAAUGAAUCCUAGACAAUGGAACCAUAUAUCUGAAAGUGCCAAAGAUUUGGUGCGACGCAUGCUAAUGCUGGAUCCCGCUGAAAGGAUAACUGUGUAUGAGGCACUUAAUCAUCCUUGGCUAAAGGAGAGAGAUCGCUAUGCAUAUAAGAUUCAUCUACCAGAAACUGUAGAACAGCUGAGAAAAUUCAAUUCAAGACGGAAAUUAAAGGGAGCUGUUCUAGCUGCUGUGUCUAGCCACAAAUUUAAUUCAUUCUACGGGGAUCCUCCUGAGGAGUUACCUGACUUUUCUGAAGACCCAACAUCAUCAGGAGCGGUGUCACAAGUGUUGGAUAGCCUAGAAGAGAUUCAUGCACUUACAGACUGCAGUGAGAAGGAUCUCGAUUUUCUUCAUAGUGUUUUCCAAGAUCAACAUUUGCACACUCUCCUAGAUCUUUAUGACAAAAUUAAUACAAAGUCAUCUCAGCAAAUCAGGAAUCCUCCAAGUGAUGCUGUACAGCGAGCCAAAGAGGUGUUGGAAGAAAUAUCAUGCUAUACUGAAAAUAAUGAUGCAAAGGAGCUAAAGCGAAUCUUAACACAACCACAUUUCAUGGCCCUUCUUCAAACACAUGAUGUGGUAGCCCAUGAAGUUUACAGUGAUGAAGCACUAAGAGUUACACCACCACCAACUUCUCCCUACCUAAACGGUGAUUCUCCAGAAAGUGCAAAUGGUGACAUGGAUAUGGAGAAUGUUACACGGGUCCGUUUAGUUCAGUUUCAGAAGAAUACAGAUGAACCAAUGGGCAUAACGCUAAAGAUGAAUGAGCUAAAUCAUUGUAUUGUUGCAAGAAUUAUGCAUGGCGGAAUGAUUCACAGGCAAGGGACUCUUCAUGUAGGCGAUGAAAUCCGAGAAAUAAAUGGAAUCAGUGUAGCAAACCAGACUGUGGAACAACUUCAAAAGAUGCUGAGAGAAAUGCGGGGUAGUAUCACUUUCAAGAUUGUGCCAAGUUACCGCACUCAAUCUUCAUCCUGUGAGAGAGAUUCCCCCUCUACAUCCAGACAGUCCCCAGCUAAUGGUCAUAGCAGCAUUAACAAUUCUAUUUCGGACAUUCCAUCAACAACCCAGACAAAAGGACGGCAGAUAUAUGUAAGAGCACAAUUUGAAUAUGAUCCAGCUAAAGAUGACCUCAUUCCUUGUAAAGAAGCUGGUGUCAGAUUUAGAGUUGGAGACAUUAUCCAAAUCAUUAGUAAGGAUGACCACAACUGGUGGCAGGGCAAACUGGAAAACUCUAAAAAUGGCACUGCUGGUCUCAUUCCCUCUCCUGAACUUCAAGAAUGGCGUGUUGCUUGCAUUGCAAUGGAGAAAACAAAGCAGGAACAGCAGGCCAGCUGCACUUGGUUUGGCAAGAAGAAGAAGCAGUACAAAGACAAAUAUCUGGCAAAGCACAAUGCAGUCUUUGACCAAUUAGACCUAGUCACAUAUGAAGAAGUUGUGAAACUGCCAGCUUUCAAAAGGAAAACACUUGUCCUUUUAGGUGCACAUGGUGUUGGCAGAAGACACAUAAAGAAUACAUUAAUUACAAAACACCCUGACAGAUUUGCCUACCCCAUCCCACAUACAACAAGACCUCCAAAGAAAGAUGAAGAAAAUGGAAAAAAUUACUUCUUUGUAUCUCAUGACCAAAUUAUGCAAGAUAUCUCUAACAAUGAAUAUCUGGAAUAUGGCAGCCAUGAAGAUGCUAUGUAUGGAACAAAACUGGAAACCAUACGAAAGAUUCAUGAACAGGGACUUAUUGCAAUACUUGAUGUAGAACCUCAGGCUCUUAAGGUCCUGAGAACAGCAGAAUUUGCUCCUUUUGUUGUUUUUAUUGCUGCACCUACAAUUACCCCGAGUAUCACUGAGGAUGAGUCUCUUCAACGCCUGCAAAAGGAAUCCGAGAUCCUCCAGAGAACGUACGCACACUACUUUGAUCUUACAAUUAUCAACAAUGAGAUUGACGAAACAAUUAGGCAUCUGGAGGACGCCAUUGAGCUUGUGUGCACAGCAUCGCAAUGGGUUCCUGUGUCCUGGGUCUAUUAGACGACUUUCAAGAUAACUGUCAACAUUUUAUUACUUCAGACCACCUUGUGCAGUACUUGGAGAAACCUCUCGUUGACUUUUUCAACCAUUCUUGGCCCCUAGAGACUACCUAUAUGUAGUGUGACAUAAAUUUAUAAUUAUCGUCAUGUCCUAUUAGAUGGAAAAGAAAACUAAGCAAAUUUUAAUGCUAAUUUAAAGAGACAGUAUCUUUUUUUACCUUUUGAUUUAUCCUAGAUUGUAUUAAAAUAACAUUUUUGAAAUAUAUGCAUUAAUCAAUUGUUUGGAAUGUUAUAUUUUUGGAAACCAUUGGGGGUUUUUUGUUUGUUUCAAAGGCCUCUGAAAACUGCACAAAUGAUAUGCUGCUUUCUAUUAUCUAUUUUAAUAAUGUAAACAUUUGAGUUUUUCUUUUGCCAGGGGUGUCACACUACAUUCUUCUGAGAGUUUUAGGUCAAAAAUCAGAUUAGGAAAGGCACUAUUUAAUUUAUUGGAAUAAUAUAGCCUGCAUCUAUUAAAGUGUGAUUUUCCAUGUCA